GGUGGCCAAUGAGCGCCCUCGGGGUAAGCGACGAGGCCAAUAUGGCUUCCUGCACCUGGUGACUGUUGGAGAAAUUGUGUUGGGCUCAUGGAGAAACCCCGGGGAAUGGAGGAGAUUCCGUCUUCAGAACCAAUGGAGGAAGAGGAGGAAGAUGACGACUUGGAGCUCUUUGGAGGCUACGACAGCUUCCGGAGCUACAACAGCAGUGCGGGCAGCGAAAGCAGCUCCUACCUGGAGGAGUCCAGUGAAGCAGAAAACGAGGAGAGGGAAGCAGGGGAGCUGCCCACCUCCCCACUGCACCUGCUCAGCCCUGGGACUCCUCGCUCCUUGGAUGGCAGCGGUUCCGAGCCAGCUGUCUGUGAGAUGUGUGGUAUCGUGGGCACAAGGGAAGCCUUCUUCUCCAAGACCAAGAGGUUCUGCAGUGUCUCCUGUUCCAGGAGCUACUCCUCCAACUCCAAGAAAGCCAGUAUCCUGGCUAGAUUACAGGGAAAACCGCCAACCAAGAAAGCCAAGGUCCUGCACAAAGCAGCCUGGUCUGCCAAAAUCGGAGCCUUCCUGCACUCGCAGGGGACGGGGCAGCUGGCAGACGGGACACCCACAGGGCAGGACGCGCUGGUCUUGGGGUUCGACUGGGGCAAGUUUCUGAAGGAUCACAGUUACAAGGCUGCCCCCGUCAGCUGUUUUAAACACGUCCCUCUCUAUGACCAGUGGGAGGAUGUGAUGAAGGGCAUGAAGGUGGAGGUGCUCAACAGCGACGCCGUGCUCCCCAGCCGGGUGUACUGGAUCGCCUCUGUCAUCCAGGCCGCAGGGUACCGGGUGCUGCUGCGGUACGAGGGCUUUGAAAAUGACGCCAGCCAUGACUUCUGGUGCAACCUGGGGACCGUGGACGUCCACCCCAUCGGCUGGUGCGCCAUCAACAGCAAGAUCCUGGUGCCCCCUCGCACCAUCCACGCCAAGUUCACCGACUGGAAGGGCUACCUCAUGACACGGCUGGUGGGCUCCAGGACGCUUCCCGUGGACUUCCAUAUCAAGAUGGUGGAGAGCAUGAAGUACCCCUUUCGGCAGGGCAUGCGGCUGGAGGUGGUGGACAAGUCCCAGGUGUCACGGACCCGCAUGGCCGUGGUGGACACGGUGAUUGGGGGUCGCCUCCGGCUCCUCUAUGAGGAUGGCGACAGUGACGACGACUUCUGGUGCCACAUGUGGAGCCCCCUGAUCCACCCAGUGGGCUGGUCACGGCGUGUCGGCCACGGCAUCAAGCUGUCAGAAGAGAGGCGCAGUGACAUGGCCCACCAUCCCACCUUCCGGAAGAUCUACUGUGAUGCCGUCCCGUACCUGUUCAAGAAGGUCCGAGCCGUCUACACAGAAGGCGGUUGGUUCGAGGAGGGGAUGAAGCUGGAGGCCAUCGACCCCCUGAACCUGGGCAACAUCUGUGUGGCGACCGUCUGCAAGGUCCUCCUGGAUGGCUACCUGAUGCUCUCUGUGGAUGGGGGGCCCUCCACGGACGGCUCCGACUGGUUCUGCUACCACGCCUCCUCCCACGCCAUCUUCCCGGCCACCUUCUGCCAAAAGAACGACAUCGAGCUCACACCCCCAAAAGGGUACGAGGCACACACUUUCAGCUGGGACGCCUACCUGGAGAAGACCAAGUCCAAAGCGGCUCCAUCGAGACUCUUCAACAUGGACUGCCCCAACCACGGCUUCAAGGUGGGCAUGAAGCUGGAGGCCGUGGACCUGAUGGAGCCCCGGCUCAUCUGCGUGGCCACGGUGAAACGGGUGGUGCACCGGCUGCUCAGCAUCCACUUCGACGGCUGGGACAGCGAGUACGACCAGUGGGUGGACUGUGAGUCCCCGGACAUCUACCCCGUGGGCUGGUGCGAGCUCACUGGCUACCAGCUCCAGCCGCCCGUGGCCACAGAGCCCACUGCACCUCUGAAAGCCAAAGAGGCCACGAAAAAGAAAAAGAAACAGUUUGGAAAGAAAAGGAAAAGAAUUCCGCCGACCAAGAGCCGGUCCCUGAGGCAGGGGUCGAAGCAGCCCCUGCCGGAGGAGGAGCCGAAGGCCGCAGACAAGGCCUCGUCCGGUGGUCCCGAUGAGAGUAAGAGCCCCGGCCUGCUCCCGGGCUCAGAGGCGGCCCUCCUCCUUCCCCGCCUGGGCACAGGAAAGCGCAGUCAGUGUCGAAGGGAGUCCUCCGGGCGCCAAGCAGCCGUCCGCAGACCCCUGGGCCCGCAGGGCUGCCAGACACCCAGCCCCAGAUCCGAACGGAGCCGGGCGGCUCCGGCCUGGCGGGCGCGGGACAGGGCCCCGGCCUCCUCCCCACCCCCUCCGGACGCCCCCGUCCGCGGGAAGCGGAACCCCUCCCCCGGACCCUGAGCCCCUGCCCGCCCCGGAGCUCCAUGCGGUCUCUCCUCUCUCUCCCCGCCUCCCACGCCCCCUCUGCAGUCGUCACUGUGCGCGUGAAGGAGGAGCACGUGGACGCAGCCACGCCCGACCAGGCCCCGGGGCCCGAGCUGCCUGUGCCCCUUGAGAACAUCAAGCGGGAGGCAGACGCCUGAGCUGUCCCUGCUGCCGGCCUGGCCACCCAGGACACCAGCCCAGGGCUCCUCCGUCACCGCCAGCCCACUGUAGCCUGGAGGCUGAGCCUUUUUGCGUAGAUUCGGCCUGGUGCUGAGGGUCCCUGGCGCUGAAGGACCAGCCAGGGUCUCCUUUGACCCACCCUGUGACCUCGGCCCUCUCUGGCAAGGCCCGCGCCCGGGACCGCCUGGAGCCCCCGCACUGGUCUGCGAGCGGCCCCUCCCCAGCUAGACUCCGAAGCCCGCCCUCCGGUAGCUCCCUCCACGCCCACCACAGCCCUUCGUUGCCGGGGUCGGGGCUGUCGUCCAGUCACACUGCGGGACGGGGCAGUGAAGUGUGAGUGCGCGGGUGCCCAAGCAGGUCGCGUCAAUAAAGGCCGGCAGCAGCCCUUGAGGGGACAGUCACCGAUGGACGGUGA